GCACUAAACACCGUGCACGCCAUGACAAAACUUACAGGAUUAGAAAUAAAUGAUAAAAUAAAGGAUGCAUGGGUUUUGUAACGGUGCUCCUAAAAAUUAAAAGAUUGACUACGGUAUCUGAGCCGCAGCUUUUUAGAGAGAGAGAAUGGCGGUUUUCAAUAUUUUAUCAACUUCCGCCGGCGCAGGCGCUACCUUCUCAUUUCUUUCCUCCUCUUCUUCUUUUUUAAUUCUAAUAAUUAUUUUAACAAUUAUUGUUAUUGUUAUUAUUAUUAUUCUAAUAACUAUUACAGUAAUAAAAAAUUCCCAACCCCUCGUGUUUAUCACUUCUCUCUUGUCUCUUCUCAAACCAAAUCAAAAUCAUCUUCAAAGAGAGAGCUCUCUGAAAUGGAUACCCAUUUCUUCUCCAAGUCAGAUUGUAGAGCUGUUUGGACAGAUGGGCUUUCUUUCUUUGUUGACGUUUUGCAUGAAGAAUAUCAUAAAAUACGAUGAUCUUUCUAAUGCUGUGUGCAGGCAGUGGAUAUUCCUGGAUUCAAGGCAGCUCCGUGCAUCAGAACUCAACUUCCAGCAAUAAAAGGAUGCAGGGUCCAUUGUGUUCGGUGUUUCCCUCAACACCUGCACAAGUCUCUCCCGUGGAGGACCUUUACGAAUUUAUUUGCUCGGGUCCUCUUAUAAGCAAGUUGGGUUUGACCUCAGAAAGGAUUGCUGACUCCAUCGACAAGUGGUUAUCACAUGGCUCGCGCUUGUGCCGAUUGUUUCAGCUUAAUGAAUUGUACCUUACUGCUCCUCAGAAAGCAAGGUUGUAUCACUAUUAUAUACCGGUCUUUGUAUGGUGUGAAGAUAAGAUUUCCAAGCACGUGUCCCAGUUCAAAGACUCGGAACAUAUACCUCCUUUAGUGAUUGGUUUUAGUGCUCCACAAGGUUGUGGAAAGACCACACUUGUCUUUGCUCUUAGUUAUCUCUUCCAGACAACUGGCAGGAAGUCCGCAACAUUAUCCAUAGAUGAUUUUUAUUUAACGGCAGAGGGUCAGGCCAAUCUAAGAGAAGCCAAUCCAGGAAAUGCGCUUCUAGAGUUUCGAGGAAAUGCUGGGAGUCAUGAUCUUCCAUUCUCAAUUGAAACACUGUCUGCUUUAAGCAAACUGAAGAAAGCAGGUAUGAACAUGAAGCUGCCUCGAUAUGAUAAAUCUGCAUACAGUGGAAGAGGUGACAGAGCUGAUCCUUCAACAUGGCCAGAGGUUGAAGCACCAUUAACAGUGGUUCUAUUUGAAGGUUGGAUGCUUGGUUUUAAACCACUUCCAGUGGAAGUCGUCCAAGCAGUUGAUCCUCAGGUUAAUUUUAUUUACAAGUGCCUCGGGAUACUCUUCAUACAGCUAGAGAUCGUAAAUAAGAAUCUUGAAGCUUAUUAUGAUGCAUGGGACAAGUUCGUUAAGGCAUGGGUAGUCAUCAAGAUUCAGGACCCUAGUUGUGUCAACCAAUGGCGUUUGCAGGCAGAGAUUGCCAUGAGGGAGGCAGGCAACCCCGGGAUGACUGAUGAAGAGGUCAAAGAUUUCGUUUCUCGUUACCUACCAGCAUACAAGGCUUACCUUCCCACCCUUUAUGCUGAAGGACCCAGGGGUUCACAUCCAGAGAAUCUCCUCCUCAUCGAAAUUGAUGAAGGAAGAAAUCCUAUCCUAGGUAAUUAGAUGACUAUUUCAGAGCGAAGAUUGAUCUGAAGGGCCAAUUUUGAUUUCUUCAAGUGGUGUCAUGCAAUUUUUUGCAUGGGCGUCUGUAUUUGUCUGUAUCAUUAAAGGGGAACAUUCAUAUGUAAAUGCAUAAAUGUAAUCUAAUUGUACAAUGUAACAUAACAUGGUUGCUCAAAUGAAUGGAAAAUCUUGUUAA